UUUUGCAGCGGCCGUCGGGCCAGCAUCGUGCCAGCGUCAGUCCCACGGAGCUGCAGCGCUUCAGCUCCUUUCUGUUUGUUUUCUUUGGAGGAAAAGCUCUAGUAUGAGAACUUCCAUCCCAGCUGAUUUGGUUUCUUUCAUUCACACAUUUGACCAUUUCCUUCAUUUUGACCAUCCGACCUCAUCGUCUCAUUUUUCCGCCGCUGUCACCCAGUUUGUUGCUCUCCUCCUCCAGCACCAACGGCACUGACUGAAGGGGAAUAUCUCACCGCACGUCCUCUGCCGCCGCUGCAUGCUGCUCUGGAUUUUUUUCCUGGGCUGUUUGACUGUAACGCAGAGGGAUUUAUAUUUGCAUCUGCAGCCCGGGCCACCACCGACAGCACUUUUCUCUCUCCGAGGGAUGUAUCCGAGUGGCUUGAAGUCUCCGAUCAGAGGGGAAUAUUAACGCAUUGCGCGCUGAAUGAACUGCCGCCGCGCGCCCUCGGUGUUUUGGAGCAGGUCUCUCCUCUGGAGAUGCUGUGAUCGGUGCGGGUGGGGAUCGUGGUCCGCAUGCACCCUCGCUGGAUCGGGAUAUAAAGUGAAGAGAUUUUGGUGAGCCCACAUCGGAGCCUCUUCCGAUUUUCCUUUGUGCGUGUGGACAUAUUUGAGACGGAUUUUGCACCCGUCCGGCAGACGCCCCGGGCUCAUCAUGGGGGACUCGAUGUGGAGAUAUUAUUUUGGAGUUUUGGUUAUUGCCUUCAAAGUGGACUUGUGUCGGGCGCUUAUCUUGGAGUCCAUCUACUGGAACACGACGAACAGCAGAUUUGUUCCAGGCCAAGGCGUGGUGUUGUACCCCCAGAUCGGGGAUAAGUUGGACAUUGUGUGCCCCCGAGUGGACGGCGGGGUGAUGGACGGCGUGGAGUAUUUCAAGGUGUACAUGGUUCCCAAGGAGCAGCUGGAGAGCUGCACCAUCACCAAGGCUGACACGCCGCUGCUCAACUGUGUCAAACCUGACCAGGAUGUCAAGUUCACCCUGAAGUUUCAGGAGUUCAGCCCAAAUCUAUGGGGGCUGGAGUUCUUCAAGGGGAAAGAUUACUACAUCAUCUCUACGUCCAACGGCACCAUGGAGGGCAUCGACAACCAGGAGGGAGGAGUGUGCAAGCUCAAGUCCAUGAAGAUAAUCAUGAAAGUGGGACAAAGUCCAUCUGAUCCUGCCUCGCCCAAAAGCAUCCCAACCAGAGCGUCCUACAACCCCAAGAACCCAGAGGGGAAGGAGAGCUACAACCCCAACGAGAUACUGGAGAAAACAGGUUCUGCUCCCAGAGAAAGCAUCGACGACGGAAAUGGCGGAAAGUCGUCCGGCGCCAUCGGCUCCGAGGUGGCCAUCUUCGUCGGGAUCGCCUCGGGCAGCGUCAUCUUCAUCAUCAUCAUCAUCAUGCUGGUCCUGCUGCUGCUAAAGUAUCGAAGGCGGCACCGCAAGCACUCGCCGCAGCACGCCACCACGCUGUCUCUAAGCACCUUGGCCACGCCCAAGCGGAGCGGAGGCGGCGGCAACAACAACGGCUCGGAGCCCAGCGACAUCAUCAUCCCGCUCAGGACUGCCGACAGCGUCUUCUGCCCUCAUUAUGAGAAGGUCAGCGGCGACUACGGACACCCGGUCUACAUCGUUCAGGAGAUGCCGCCCCAGAGCCCGGCCAACAUCUACUACAAGGUCUGAGACGGAGCCGUUGGACUGCAGGACGUGGAUCUAACUGCAGGAGGGCGGAGUUUUGGUUUGGGCAAGUGCCGCCGGCACACCCGCAAACGAACUCUCCGGCUCUCUCUCUCUCUGUCUCGCUCUGUCGACUCCUCCUCCUUUCUUCUGAUGUUUUGUCACUGUUUUUUUUUCCUUUUUCGAAGUUUGCUGAUACCUUGUGGCUCUGAUUCGGUCGCGGUCGGUGCAGAUGGGACGAGUAGAGGGGCGUAGCCGCUGCCGCUCUGGCGGGAGCGUCUCUGGCUUGUCUCCGCUGCAGCCGGCAGGUCCUUUUCGUUUGGGACGGACGGACGUUUGGAUUUAAAAGCUCUGAAAGGGGCUAAAGGAGGAAGUUUAAGAGACACAGACGGAGUGAUGACGAGAGCGAAAGCAGGAAGUGGGCUGACUGUGAACCCCCCCCCGCCCCACACUGAGGCUCACCGGCCUGUGAGACUGUGGAUUUAGCAGCUGGAUGAGGGCGGAGCCGACUGGAGUCGUACUCCCGCCCUCUCUGGGACUCGUCCCCAGUGACUCACCCAUUCACCUCGCAACCCACAUGCUCACAUCACACACACACAUUCACCCACAGACACGCCCACAGACACGCCCACGGACCGGUGUGAAGUGUUUUACGUGUCGCUCACGUCAUUUCUCGGAUGCAGAAUGUCCUCGCAUCGCUCAUCUCAGAUGUUACUUGAACAUUCUACGAAAACAAUGGAUUCCUCUUUUGUUUCUCAAGAUUUAUUGGUCUUUUUUUAUUAUUAUAUCUGGUUUUUAUAGUUCAGAUGCAGAUGGAGGUUUUGUUUUACCCUAGCUGAAGCUAUCCCCGCCCCGGGUGGCUCUCUGGGUGGCAGAGUGCAAGGGUGCAGGAGAGGCAGAUCUGCAUAGUGGAGGACCUUUUUCUUACUUAGCGGCACUUUUAACCCCCCGUCCCUGUUUUCUUUGGUACCUCUGCUCCUCUCAGCGGUCCACAGAGAUGGGAGAGCAGCGGCGUCCCGUCGAGAGUAGCGAGGGCUCGCCUCUCCGCCGCUUCUGGCACAUGGAGAGCGGAAGGGGCAUCAAGGAUCCCGGCUCGCCUUACUACUGUUUUUGUUUUGUUUGAUCAGGUGAAGAAGAGGUCAAAGAUCUAGUGGAGGUUAUGGUAGCUGGCUGAAGCAGCACUAGGUACUGUGAUGUUUACCCCCCGUGGGGUCCGGUGAUGGUCGAGGGCCCCUGAAGGCCCCAAAUCAGCGUGACAGGUGCUCUCCUAUUCCUCUUUCUCUUGUUGUGUAAAGCACAGGGAACUCUAUUACAUUUCCACCGUUUCUCCAUCCUGUCUCCAUUAGCAUUUCUUUUUUCAUCAGUCUUUUUUUUUUUUUACACUAAAUAGAUUUACAAAGGACAAUGAAAAUAUGAAAAAGAAAAAAAUGAGAUGAUAAGCAAGAUUUAUUUAUGAUAGACACAUAGAGCACAGGUGCUGUCAGACGGUAUGGAGGAGAAGAAGAAGUGAUGUUAAUAUAUAAUUGUUUAAAUGCACAUUAUGCAAUCUAGGUUUUUGAUGGUUUGACGUUCAAAAACCUACGCUCAUGAAAACCAGACUACACUUAGUCAUGUUUUCUAGAGCCCCCCCCACGCUCGCACAGCUCAGCCCUGGGAACGAGGGGAGGGCAGUCUAGGUUGUGUCACCCCCCCCAAAAAAGACAAAUAUAAAUGUUUCUCUUUUUUUUGGCAUGAACGAGGGCAGAGUAGCUGUGUCCACCACUUCUCCCAAAGGAACGCCCCCGUUCUCCUCCCCAUGUUUUCUGUGUGCUUUGUGUUUGUGCAUUUCAGCGACUUCAUUGAGGUCCUAACGGCGAGAUGGACCCCCCCCCCCUCCAUCCCCCGACCAUUUCUCCACAUCUUCAUUUAUUCAUGAAUUAUAUCAAAUUUCACUGAAAAGCCAAGCCUUGUCUGAUCUGAGGUUUGUACCUCUGAGAGGCUACAAAAUCUGCAAAUAUGCAAUUCUUAUUUAUUUUUUUAAUCGAUUCUGAGAGAAAAAAAAAUUACAAUGGAAAGUGUUCUUAACCACUGAAAGAUGUAACAAGAAACCGACGACACAAGACUAGCAAACUAUGUCACAUGAGUCUGCUGUUAGCUUCUGAUUUCCUGCAUUAUUUGAACUUCUCUGUUUUGACUAUGUGCCGUAGUACAAACUGUGAAAAUGAAACCAUUAAAGAGCAUAUGUAACACGACUGAAAAGGUCGGCCUGUUUAAGGUGGAAAACACACACACAUGCACACACACACACACACACACACACAUACACUACAGAGAAAUGGCUAUUUAGUUGCUGUCUGUCUGCGGCAGAAUAUGACAAUCUUAUUAGUUUCUUUGAAUCUGGCGUCCUUCUCUGAGCCGCUGUGCAACUAAACUCUCCCAGCAUCGGCCGGGUUGGUCCAGCCGGGUCGGAUGUGUUGCAGCGAUGCUGCGAGAGUCUCGGCGCACCGGGGCCGCGAGAAGCUCGUCAGGCGACUGUAAAAUGCCUUGCUCGUAUGGUCAGCCCUCGGUCACUUGACUCAGUAAUUUUGCACCGUACUUCUGUAGGUAAGAAACUGUAAAUACGUCCAUGUUUGUAUCGUAUCUGGAUCCUGGGUUGUUACAAUAGCCUUACUCACCUUUGUAGGAAAGUCAACCAGAGUAAACAAGCAUACGGAUGAAGUGGAACACACCUCAGUAAAACAGAGCAUACUACUUUUUUGGUAAAUAGCUUAUGUAAAUAUUGACCAGAAACCCCCCCCACCCUCCCAAAAAAAAAAAUAAAAAAAUCAAACAAAAAAAACAAACAUUUUUUAUAAACUCUUAAAGUAAGAUGUUUUGUAUAAAAAUUUGAAUUUUUUGCUAUGUAUUUUAGCUAGCGCUCAAUGGAAAGCCCGUGUCCUCCCCACUCCCCCCUCCCCCGUUUUGCACUGUUUCCAUGGAAAUUUGGUUCAAAAAAGACAAAAGAGAGAGAAAAGUUGCCAAACCGACUGCUGCAUAUUUGUGCCAUAAGUGUGUACCAUAAAUAUUUAUUGAAUUAGUUUGGUUUUUUUCUUUCGUUUAUGUUGAUAAGUUUAUUUCGGUCCGGUUUGUAAGUGACAGUAUUAUAUUUGCAUCGUUUGUCGUCUCCCCUGGUUUUCUUUGGUCAUGUCAUGGUUUCCGGGCAGCUGUAGCCCUCCCCACUCCCCGGUUCCUCGCAGUAUAAGAAGGCCAGGCUGCAAAAAAAAAAAAAAGUGGUUUUAAAAUUAAAACAUUUUAAUUAAGUUCAAAGUGAGGAUAAAUGACACACAUUCCACCAGUCUGUUACAAACUGAAAAUGUUUUUCAAUAAAAUGUUUUUCCUA